CAAGCCUCGGUUUCGGUUUGUUUAAAGAUGGCGGAUGACGACCAGAAAGUUGAGAAAAAAGCGACAACAAACUGUCAGAAUGAAGCAAUUAGAGGCGUAAUCGAGGGGUCAGAUGAUACAAAAGAUAGUUCAUAUCAUGCUGCAUUCGACGGACAAGAAAAUAACCUAGAAAAUUUCAUCGUUGGCCAUUACCAAAGGCAAAAGAAUGAAAACCCUGGAGACAACAUAGGAGAAGACAGAAUCAACCAAUUCUUUGAAAGAGCACUUGCAGAAAGCCACAGAAUGAACGCAGAAGCGAACAAGUCCAAGGGCAAACAGAAGAAGCUCCACGAUGAACUUGGGCCUGAGGUGUUCGAGGCUUGGACAGAUGAACAUGCAGCUGAGGUCAUACAUUCAUAGAGAGAAUCAAACUGAGGGAUCUGCUUGGAAUAAUUGAAGGAGUAUCACACCAGCCUAGAUGAAUCACAGACCUACACAAAUGGACUGAACUGUUUCUAAGGAAUACUCACUACUGUCACAGUCACACCAACCGGUUUUGUUUUGUCCAUACUUGAGACAUUUUGGCAUGAUUGAAGACUUCUUCUUAGGGAACUGUUUAAUAUUUUUGGCUAUGUGCUUUGGGAUGGGAAGGGGAGAUGGGAAGGGGAGAUGGGAAGGGGGAGGGGUAUCAUCAUGGCAAUAUUUAGUGUUCCAUACAUGUACAUGUAUGAUCAAUUCUACCUGUGGUUCUCAGAUGUGCGUGUGAUCACUUGUUAAUAAUGCUAUCUCGUUGAAUGUUUUUGUACAUGUAUGAAUUAUAAUCUUUACAAUAAACUUGUUCAUAGUUUCACGUUAA